AUGGAUGACCGCACUUCGGAACAUUUAGAUUAUGAAAUAUUAGCCGAAAUUGGCAAGGGCGCCUAUGGGAAAGUGUACAAAGCCCGGGAGGUGCGGGACAGGCGGCGCCUCCUCGCUGUGAAGAAGCUGAACCUCCCUGGAGAUCCCAGCAACGGCAUCCCGCAGGUCAUGGUGCGGGAGGUGGCACUGCUCCGAAAACUGCAGUCUUUUAACCACCCAAACGUAGUCAAGCUGCUGGAUGUGUCGGCUGCUGUGAGGAAGCAGAGUUUGGACCUGACGCUGGUCUUUGAGUACAUAGAUCAGGAUCUGGCCUCUUUCCUCAGCACAGCGUCGGAGGACGGAUUGGCCAGAGACAAAAUCAAGGAUGUGAUGCAGCAGCUGUUUACAGGCCUGGACUUCCUGCAUUCCAACGCUGUCAUCCACCGUGACCUCAAGCCAGACAACGUGCUGGUGAGCUGUCGUGGAGAAGUGAAGAUUGCCGACUUCGGCCUGGCAAGGAUCUACACGUACAACAUCGCGCUGACACCCUGCGUGGUGACUCUGUGGUACAGGGCUCCUGAAGUGCUGCUCCGUUUGGGAUACACGUCCUCUGUGGACGUCUGGAGCGCCGGUUGCAUCUUUGCCGAACUCUUUCUGCUGAGACCUUUGAUUCGCGGUUAUACAGAAUUUCAGCAGCUUCAGAAGAUCUUUGAGGUGGCUGGUGUUCCUGCAGAGGAGGACUGGCCUAAGGACAGCCCCAUCCAGUAUAACCCAGCCUGGAGAUCCGAGCCAGGAACACACCUGCUGCCAGCCUGCCUCCGCGACAAGGACAGUGACCUGCUCGCUCAAUGCCUGACCUUCAGCCCCAGCCGCCGCAUCACGGCCAGCAAAGCCUUGGCCCACCCGGUCCUGGUGGGCCCCUAA